UCUAAGGGCCCGGGUUGAGGUAAGAUGGCGGGCUCGCGGUGAAUCGCAGUCAAGGGGUGAACAUAGGUAUACCUAGAAGCAGUUUUCUUUUUUUUUUUUUUUUUAGAAGCAGAUUUUAAAAGCAGUUUCUCUUCAAAUCAUCUUUCAUACCAACUGAUAAGCAUCUUGAUUCGCCAUGGCGUUGGCAGCACUAAAAUGGGCUAUAUCAAGCAGAACUAUCUUGAAACGUUUAUUUCCAAUUCAAAAUGGAGCCUUAUAUUGUGUUUGUCAUAAAACUACGUAUUCUUCUCUUCCAGAUGACUAUAACUGCAAAGUAGAGCUUGCUUUGACAUCUGAUGGCAGGACAAUAGUAUGCUAUCACCCUUCUGUGGACAUUCCGUAUGAACACACAAAACCUAUCCCUCGGCCAGAUCCUGUGCAAAAUUAUGAAGAAACACAUGAUCUAGUGCUGAAAACCAGAUUAGAAGAAAAACGUGAAUACUUAGAGCAAGGACCCAUGAUAGAACAACUUAGCAAAAUGUUCUUUACUACUAAGCACCGUUGGUAUCCUCAUGGACAGUAUCAUAGACGUCGUAGGAAACUGAAUCCUCCAAAAGACAGAUGAUAUUGAGGUUUUCAGGAAUCAAAGAGAAAUGUUAUCCUGCGUCUCAUUUGCCAUUUGAGAAAAUACAAUUGGGUAUAUUAACUAAUAUGUUACCUAGUAAAAUAAUAAAAUGUCUUCUCAUA